AUGGUCGCUGAGCUUGCAAUUCUUGGCAUGCUAGUCCUGCAUACUGCGGCCGUCCCGUGCUCUGCUCACCCCGAUACUCCAUCCAUGCCACUCGAUCUGACUCCAUUCCUGAACAACAAGGCAUUCGGAACCCGCUCCGGGGAAGCAGCAUUUGACAGCCUCAACCAGUCGUAUCCAGCGCCAACGUUUGACACCCGCCACUUCAAAUCGUCUGAUACGGGUAUCGUGUAUAACUUCCCUGGCUACAACGGGCCUGGCCACUUCGACAAUGUCAUCUGUGAUAAUCAGGUCAUCCCUAUAGAAGCAGGCCACUACUUCUCGGUAUCCUUUCUUGUAGCUGGAGAUGUGGAGUCGGCUACGGUGCUGGGUAACGUGACCUUGGCUUUCACAGACAAUAGCACUUCGCAAUAUGAACUACGUAGUCUAAAUUGGUUCAGCUUUCUUACUAUUAAUCGUGGUUCCAUCAUCUUGCCCAGUCGGUUCACGGCAAACGCAACUAACUACAACACCACCCACAUCUUCGAGCGCACUGCAGCCCUUCCAUGGCACAAGAGCCUGGCCUCAAUCACCCUCCCCGAGACUACGAAUACUACCAUAGGUAGACUUCAUAUAUUCGCCAUAUCUUUGUGGAAAGGGCAUGAGAUUUCGGUACAAGAUGUUCGUCCCACACAAAAACGAACGGAGACCGGUGCUCAAAUAGUCGAGGUGACCAUUAACAAUGCCGGCAUCAAGUGUGUGUCCGGCCAAGAGCUAAGUGUUUCGGUCUCCGGCCCAGGAUUUGAGACAUCGGAGACUGGCAGUAUCAAGAGGCUAUGUCCCGGGGAUCAGAAGAAGGUCCAUGUUGGUGUAGAGGGCUCUUCGAAGGGUAAAGUCACAGCAACAGUACAGAUUGACGAUGGACUGCUCGGCAGAACAUGGGCAUUCCAAGGUGUUCAGGUCGGCUUAAGCGACUGGACAUCCGACCUCGAUUCUCUGGCAAAACACGAAAGCCCAGAUUGGUUUAACGAUGCCAAGUUUGGCAUCUUCGUUCACUGGGGCCCAUAUUCAGUGACCGGCUGGGGUAAUAGCUCGCCGUAUGAGAGCUACGCUGAGUGGUUUUGGUGGUACUCCAAUCAUCACCCGCAGGCUGAUAGGUCGGAUUUCUACGACUAUCGUCUCCGAACGUUCGGCAAAUAUUGGGCGUAUGACGACACUUUCCCAAAUUUCACGGCCUCAAGAUUUGACGCAAAGGAAUGGGUUGACCUCUUCGAAGAUGCAGGUGCAAAAUACUUCGUCGUUACCACAAAGCACCAUGACGGGUUUGCUCUUUUUGAUACUGCUGGAACCACGAACCGGUCUGCUAUUCAUUAUGGUCCAAGACGAGACUUAUUACGUGAGCUUUUUGAUGCUGCUCAGACUUACCAGCCUGGGUUAAAGCGUGGAACUUACUUUUCACUACCUGAAUGGUUCAAUCCGGACUUUGGACAGUAUGGCUUCAAUCAGUUCCCAACAAAUACGACGGUAUCGUGGCCUGGAAUCCCUGCCAAGAAUCCAUAUACUGGUGUUGAAGAGCCUUACACUGGUCGUGUCCCUGUUACUGACUUCAUCGCUGACCUUAUGGUACCUCAGAUGGAGAUACUAGCCUAUAAUUACAGCACAGAUAUCAUGUGGUGUGACUGUGGUGCUGCCAAUGGAACGGCUGGCUUCGCCGCUGCAUGGUGGAAUAAUGCUCGUGAACAAGGCCGGGAGGUGGCAAUCAACUCACGCUGUGGCAUUCCUGAGGCCGCCGAUUUCGACACCCCUGAAUACCAGACCUUCUCUGUUGCACAACACCGCAAGUGGGAGAGCAACCAGGGCAUGGACCCCUAUAGCUACGGCUAUAACCGUGCUACCCCGUCAGAGGCUUACAUGAAUGCGAGUACCAUCAUAUACUCUUUGGUGGACAUGGUGUCCAAGAAUGGCAACUUUUUGUUAGACAUUGGCCCUCGUGCAGACGGCACUAUCGUUCAAGCUGAAAUGGAUCAUCUCCGUGAAGCUGGCAAGUGGAUCAAAGCUCAUGAGGAGGCAAUUUUCAACACCACGUACUGGUUCAUUCAAAGCGAGAUCCCAGGCGGACCAGAUGUCAGGUUCACACAGACUGACGACGCGUUCUACAUUUUAUUUCUAGAAGAGCCGGUGAUUAGCUCAGAUGGAAUCGUCGUCAUAGAAGCUCCAAUACCAGCGUUAGACGGUGAUAAGAUUAGCUUUCUCGGUGACCCGAGCAAUACAGCAUUGUCCUGGACACUUUCUACGACAGGAACGACGCCAAAGCUACACAUCAAGGUCUCGGAGGAUUUAUUCAAUGACGAAAUAUAUUCCUGGAUAUUUAAGUUGACUUAUGUUUGA